CCUUCCUCUGUCGCCAACAGAUCCGAGCUGGGGCGGCUCUGCGGACCGGUGUUGUGUCAAACUGUGUUCCCCGGUUAAGAGGGGAACACGAUGAUAGCGCUAAUGGAGGGGCAAGUUCCCACAGGACCCAAAAACAAACAAAAAAGAGAACGUAUUUAACGUCACUUAUAAUGGUGUUGACAUCCAAUGAUAUUUUCUAGGGUAACAAUGCGGAAGUAAAAACGGUCUAAAUCCGCCACUGUCCUCGUUAUACUGACUCCAUAGGUUUAUUGAAAUACAUUUUAUAUGACAUCCCAUGUUGUCCUUUUAUGGCUCCUGUGGAUAACAUUUAAUCUGUUUAUAUGUCCCCUGGGUGGAGAGUUAUGUUUAUGAGCUCCCAGGAAAUUACUGGAAGUCCCUCCCCGUUGGUUUUCCCACAGAGGCGUGCGUCUGUCAGCAUUUAUUUACAACUAAAAACUUAUUGCCUCACACUGUUAGUAGAGACCUCGGUAAGACAAGCAAGCAGUAGAAAGGUUGGGAUGCCAAACCCGAUGCAAAGUUUGGACAUGAYGUCGGAGCCUCCUGGGUGCUGCAUCUGUCUGGAUAAGUUCACCAGCCCUGUCCCCCUUCCUUGUGGACAUGUCUUCUGCCUGGGCUGUAUAGGAGAAUACUGGAGGAUCCAUGAGGUCUACCAGUGUCCUCUCUGCAAGGCAGUCUUCCCAGAAAGACCACAGCUGAAAACCAACCAAACACUACCACCACCGCCAGAUAAAGYGGUACCUCUAAGAACCGGGGAGGUCCCUUGCGAUUUCUGUCCGGCGAAGCGAGCCGCGGUCCGGUCCUGCCUGACGUGCCUGGCCUCGUACUGCGCUGCACAUCUGGAGCCACAUUACCAGACAGAAGGGCUUGGGUGCCACAAGUUGAUCAGCGUGGUGAAGAACUUGGACAACCCCGUGUGCCGGCUGCAUGGGAGGAAAUUGGAAAUGUUCUGCAGGAGCGACCAAACGUGUAUUUGCACAAAGUGCGCUCUGACAGACCACAGAGGACAUCACAUCCUUUCUAUCAACCGGGAGGCAGCAAAAAAGAAGAGCAUACUGAAGCGCAGGCGGAGUAAACUUCAGCAAGAAAUUCACAACAGGUGGAGUAAAGUUCACGAAAUGAAGCGGUCUGAAGAGCUCGGUGGAGAAAACCCACAAGCAUCGUCGUGGACGCAAAAUAAAAAGCUGAUCGAGCAGCUGGAAGGAGAACUCUGUGAGCUGCAGGAGAGAAACACCCAAMUGGAGCACCUUUCACAGACUGAAGACAAUCUGCACUUCUUACAGAGGUUCCAACAUCCUUACUCAUGACUGAAAACAUGAMCUGCUUUCAAGUUUUCUCUCUUUUUGACAUUUUGGACAGAAAUGUGCAAUAAUUAUUUUAAAAAUGUUUUUAUUACCGUAAUGUCAUGAAAAUAAGAAUCAUUAACACUUUAUUGCUCAGCAACAAUCACUUAGUACAGGAAAAAAGUGGUUGCCAUUUAUGCCAAAAACACCAUAAUUUAGGGGACAAACUAAAGGGAGAUGUUAUAGGGUCUUUGUUGGUGUUUUGUCUUGUUCAAGAAAAACAAAUUAAUUAGGGAGAUUUUUUUUUUACCAAAUUAUUUUUAGUAGGAGUUCAAAACAGCAUCAUGCCUGGUGGUCACUUCAUACUCAUUUUGACGUGUGCACAAAAGAAGUCUGCCGCAGGUUUCCUCAGGUACGACGUGAGCACCAAACCUCUGCCAGCAUUCAUGCCUGUCUCAGUUCUUUUUGUUGCCAAUUUAAACACUUGAGUCACUUUAGCUGARCCGUGAAUGACACUGAACGUAGCAUUUUGUGUCACAAUGUCGUUUGACAUGUUCAGCCUCUUUCUAUGAGCCAGUGUGAUCUACUUUAUUAGAAUGGAUGUUGCAGUCCAUUCCCCUUUGGUUGGACCACGGACUGUAGGGAAACAAACACUGAUUUAAAGGCACAGUGUGUAGGAUUUUGUCAAUUCUUUUAGCCGAAAUUGAGAUAAU